AUGCGCGCCACGGAAGGGGUGAUCCGCAGGGGCGGGAGGGUCAUGCUGACGCUCUCCCUGACCCUUUUGUGGUGCGUCUCCUUUGGCUGCACGGAGGUAAUAGCAUCGGCGGCGCCGAUGGACACCUACUCAAUUCUGUGCACCUGUCGCUGCUGUUACCAGGGCGGCUGUAGUCCGAUGCCGAACAUCACCUGGGUGGUGAAUUCAUGCGACGAGUGUAGUACGGCGAUCUGUAAUGAGCACAUACGAAGUAAGGAGGUGCGCAUGGAGACAGCGCGUCUUUUUGAGGGCAUCGAGAGCGAUGAGCCCUUUCCGAGCAGUGAUGGCACCAUUCACGAGUGCAAGGUGAUCUCCGUCUUGGAAGCGGCAACCUGUACCAGCAGGAAUUGCAAGCGCACCACAACAAUUAGGGCUGAGUGCUACAACCGAGAUGCCCCGCUCAUUAAGCACUUCAUCAUCACCUUUGUGGGAAUUACAGCUGUAGCGAUAGUCUUUGGUCUCCUUAAGAACCACAUUCCCGCCUUCCAGGGUCUUAAUGAGAAGUACUUUAAUUACUGA